GACCUGUAAAGUCCCACCAAGCCGGAAAGUUGUUCAUAGUUUUAUAGCCACGAUGCUCUCAGGAUGAAUCAUAUCCACUGCUAACAACUGGCUUACAAACUGAGACAAUUACAAGGAUGCAGUUAGUAAAAGAACUGUUCUACUAAAGAGGUACAACAGUAGAAAUCAGCUGAGUGUUUCUGAUUAGAAGCAUUAACCAGAUGCAAAAAUCAAGACCAGGAAGAACCUCUGUGAUUCCUUCCUGUCAUGGUUUCAUGUUGACAACAGGAUGGGCGUGCUGAAAAUGGGGCAACAAUAGACAGCCUCUGUGUACACAGUCAUAAUGUAAAGCUGCGUUAUACACAUGCUUUUGUGCGAAAGACUGCAGAAAUGUCAUCCAUGGAUGGUGCAGUGUCCUGGCGACAGCAAUAUUUGGAUGCCAUGUCCAGCGGGUUGGAGCGACUGCUUACUUCAGGACAUUUCUCAGACACUACAGUCAUUGCCGGGUCCUACUCCCUCAAGUGCCACAAAGCGGUGCUGGCAGCCAUCUCUCCGUACUUUGAGGCUAUGUUCACAUCGGGAAUGAAAGAAAGUUUGACAGGAGUGGUGAAGAUUGAAGGUAUUGACAAUAAUGUGUUCAAAGACAUCCUGUCCUACAUCUACUGUGGUUUUGAUAUUGUGACAGACGCCAAUGCUGAAGAGGUCCUUAAAGGAGCUGCAGUGCUACAGAUUGAAUGUCUGCAGCGGCGAUGUGAAGAAUUCUUGUGCAAAAACUUGACUACCAGCAACUGCAUUGCCCGUUGGCGUCUGGCACAUUGGCAUGCCUGCUCACAUCUUCGUGACCAGGCAUGGAACUUCAUUAUGGUUCACUUUGUGGAGCUGUCCAAGGGCGAGGAACUCCAAGCUUUGGAGGCAGAGGAGUUAAUUUGUCUUAUUAAAGAUGAUAGCAUCCAUGCACCCGAUGAAGAGUAUAUUUGCGAGACUGCCUACAGAUGGAUAUCUUAUGAUCAGGAAAACAGGUUAAAGUACCUACCAGAAAUCAUCAAAAACUUGCGGCUGGGGCUGACCAGGCCUCAGUAUCUGAUGGACAUGGUGCGCAAAAAUGAGAUUCUUAAAGACAGUGCUGAUGUUCUACAAGCAGUUGAUCGUGCCAAAAACUUCCAGCUUCUUCCUUCACGACGGCAUGACUAUUCUUCUGAGCAUACUUCGCACAGAAAAAACUCUCGCAUGGAAGAUGUUUUGGUGGUGUUGUCUGGGGGUGAAACCCCAAAACCUCCUUACAUCCGAUCCAAGGAUGUAUAUGCUUACAGCUUUAACUCUCGUCAGUGGUAUCACCUGUCUCCCCUUCCUCAUGAUCCGGGGAUAGAGUUCGCAUCGUGUGUACAUGAUAAUGAUAUCUUCAUUACUGGAGGAGGCCUAAUGCAAACUUGUUUUCUAAGGUACCGUGCUAAGAAGAACAAGUGGAACUCAUGUCGGGCAAAGUUAAAAAAGGGCAGGCGCCGACAUGCAAUGGUGUCUUGCGGAAAUAAAAUAUAUGCCAUCGGUGGUUUCAACUCAGAACUGGAAGAAGGUUGCAGAGUGCAGAAUUCAAUUGAAGAAUAUGAACUUGAUUCAGGAGAGUGGGUUGAGGCUGUCCAGCUUAUGCAGCCAGUCAGUUCUGUCUCUGCUACAGCUCUGGGCGAUCGCAUCUUCAUCUAUGGGGGUGAGAGGAUGGAUCGUACAGACUCAUGCGUCAUUCAGUGCUAUGACACCGGUUUGCGCACUGUCACUGUCAUGGCAUCACUUCCAGUUAACUGCAAACUCUCACGUGCUGUGAUGUGUGAUAACAACUGCUUCCUCAUACUAUUUGAUGGAAAGGUGAUAAAACAUUCACCCGAUGACAACACCACAAAAAUUGUGGGUCAGAUAAAGAACUUUGACCGAGUACACUUUGGUCUUGUUCACCGCCGUGGCAUUCUCUACGUUCUUGGGGGACAGAAGGUGGGUCCUGGACCCAGUCGAGCCCUGUGUGAUGCAAUGAUAAAAUAUGAUACUCGCAGUAAUGUAGCCAUGACCAUCUCUGACCGAGUGCCAACACCUCGCCUCCUGGACAGCUGUGCCAAGAUUACCAUUGACAAAAAGUUCCUGCAAAAGGACCUGAUUACAGAAAGCCCCAGUAGUCCAAGUUAGCAGGUAGCAUCUGCAGCAAAAAUAGUGGCCUGCAUGUGAUGCUGGCAUGAUAUACUUGAUUUGUGAUGAGAUGUUUCAAUGAUGUCUUAAAUUUCUCAAACAACAUACACUUUCUGUUGCGACAUGAUUCUAUAACGAGUGCUGUGAUUGACCGUGCGAUUUUUUUCUGAGAAAGAUUAAGUGUAUUGGGAAACAUUUGUGUGCAGUGUGUGUUUUUGCACUGCAUGGUUUCAGUGUGAGUGCACAGGUAAGAGAUUUUAAAGUAGUGCUGGAUUCUAAAAAGACCUGAAGACAAGACUUUAUUUAUUUUUAACAUAGUAGCUGCACAGAGUGCACCCUUCAUUUCUGCUGUGUGUAAGGUCAGUGGAGGAAUUAACUCCAAUGAAACUUGAACCCAAUAUUAUUACCGUUCAUUGGAUUUGCUGUUUUUAUCCUUUGAUGAGUAAACAUCAAAGACAAAAAAAAACAAAAAAAACUGACAUCCUUUGUAGAGAAAAGAGGGUAUAAACAAUGAAUGUGAAAUUUAUCAUUGACAAAAACAGCUUUUCUUUUUUUAAAAAAAAACAUAACGCAGACACACUGACUUGCUGCAGCUGAUGCACACGACAGACAGGUUUUAUUUUUUCCUUUUCAUGCAUGGUUAAUCCUAUAAGGGAAGUAAAUGCUGAAUUUAAAAGCUGAAAUUUUGUUUCUGCAAAUUACUGACCCCGGCUUAAUGACAAGAUAUCUGGCCUUUUUCAAAUUUUGUGAAGAGAAACGUGUCCACGCAGGGUGAUGUUCCACAUGUUUUUCUGACAGUUUGGUGUAGAAAAGUCAUCAAAAUUACUAUCUUGUGCUCCCCUCUCUCUGGAUAAUCUUAAUUCUCUUCAUGUUCAGAUGAAUUAAUGAUUGGACAAUAUCUGUUACUUAUAUACCAAGUUUUCAUGCACUACCUUAAAUAUAUUUUUGAAAAACAGUUUCAGCUAAGCUGAUGUGAAUUUUAUAAAACAAAACAUGCUAUUGCCCGAAGGUAAGUACAUCCAAUUCAUUUAAAAUUAUGUUUUUGUGACAGUUAUUCUGCUAAUAUUUUUUUAAUAAAUGGCCAAAAUGUGGUGACCUGAAGUGGACAUUUUUUUCUGAAAACGAAGCUAAUCGGCUUGCAUUUUUACCAAAUGCUACCAUGUUAACUUAUUAUUUAUACACUGAGUGGAAGAUUGGUUGUUCGAGAUAUAUGACAAUUAUGUAAAACCUAAAAACAAUUGUACAUAAUAUUAUAAAAAAACUGUUCCAUUAUUUUAUUCAUUAUUUUCAAGCUACAUUACUAAUAAAUAACUUUAAUUUGCAUGACUAGUACAAAUUGCAAGUCCAAAUUGUCUUCAUCUGUUAUCACUGCUGUGAAGCACAGAUAUAACUUUCACAUCGCAUAACUGAAAUGUGCCAAGUAGUUAUUAAAAGAAAGGAGAUUCACUUUUUGAUAAAUUUGCAUAAAAUAGUUCUUGUUCCUGUCACCUUUUUUUCUCUAUCCUUUUUAAUGUCUACAUUUUCAUGAUAGAAAUGUUGCACUUCACUUUCUCAUAUAAACUAUUCACAUUCCUUUUCAAGGGCGCUGUGCCAAAGAAGCAUUGAUUGAAAAAAAUUGGGUGUGGGAAUACCCUGUUCUCCGCAAUAAUUAAAACAUAUAUACCUCACUUAGUGACUUACUUGUUUAGCAAUUGAUCAUAAUAGUGACUUCUUUCUGACCAACAGGAGCUGUCAACUGCAGAAGAACGUUGGUCACAGAAAACAUGUAUAAUGUGUAGUGACAGAAGUUGGUCGUUAAGUGACGAGAGUCUGUAUUUUGCUGAUCCAUUGACAUAAUUGAGGUCAUUAUGAUCUUGAAAAAGGCAUUUAGUUUCUCUUUUACUAUUAUUUGGAUAUGGGCUGCUGUUUCUAGUAUAACUUUAUGUCUUAGAUGCUGUUUUUAUUGUGUUAUCCAUGCCAGGAAGACAUCUCUGAGACACGAAUGUCUAUCAGCAAAGUUUUGUAAAUUAUUUUCAAAUGUCUUGAUAUGAUUUAUAAGGCUUUAUAAGGCUUCACAAUUCAUGGACUGUCUUUGAAUGAAGUUCUGCUGAAAUUUUAAAAUAAGAAUCUAAAGAAACCAAGCUGCUGAAAAUAAUGCUUUUUCAUCAUAAGAAUUUCCUCUUUGGUUGAUCAUAAAUAGCCAUAAUUUUCCUUUUUCUUUACAGCUUUUAUUCCUUUUAAAUAUAGUUGUAUUUCUUUGUGUAAUUAUUAUGUGAUGAAAGUCACGCUCAUCACCUAUUUUCUUGGUGGUGUAAAUGCAUUUGAAUAUCAUACUGUGAAUAUUACCACAAUAUAGUUUUAGUUUAGUUUAUUCCUCAAGGAGUAUAGGGCUGCAACAACAAUUAUCAGAACAUGCUUUGACUCAAAAAUGGGAUAUUUUACAUUUUUUUCAUUCUUGAGAUUAUUUGUGGAAUUUAUAUACAUGUAUGUAUUAUUUAUUUACCAACAAAGAUCCUUUUUCAUUGUUUUACCUGGUGACCAAGUAAAAUUAAAUUCACAUGGUUUUGAUAUUUAGUAUAAAUUUAUCACUACUAAUUUAGUUAAUAAUUAAUGGUUCAAAAUAAACAGGUCAUUGCCUGUGUGCAUUAUUUUGACAUUGCCAGUGCAGAUGUAAACAUUAUGCAUCUGGACAAGUAGGACAAAUAAAUAACUUUUUUGUUUUGAUUUUAUAAGUUCCACAACAAGCGAGUAUAGCAGGUUCUUUAUUAACUUUGUAUGUCCAGCUUUUACUUUCAAAAGUUUUUAUUUUUUAUUUUGACAGUUUGCAAAAAAAAGUGCUUGUCUUAAUGCUCAUGUUAAAUUUAUGCACAAGUAAGUCACAGCUUUUCAAAGGUUUAAUGAGAUAUUUUAGUUCUCAUAAAAGUAUGAAAAUAUUUGUAGCAGAUUGAUAUUUUAGAAUCAGCUGCUUAAAAUUUUAGACAUUUGUGGGUAAUAAAGGUGAUGUGGAGGUUGAAA